GGACCUUGGUUUGGUCAAUUGCUGCAACCCGUAUUCCCAUUCGCCUCUAGGGUGUCCUUUUUUGGACCACCUUAGAAAACGUCGAACAAGAUUCGAGCGGAUACAUAUCUGACACUCUCGGCGUCCCUCCUACCGUUGUUUACAGCAGCCUCGCUGUCCUGCUCGCCGUCCCAUUAACAAUGUCGAGAUACGGCUGGUCCAUCGGCCGCGAACAGAUUUCGCCCUACAGUUCUAUGCCCAGCGGCGUCCCCGCUGUCACCGACGAAGAUUUUAGCUACAUCACAUCUCAAGAUCUUGAUGGCGUCACCGAGGAUCGAUACUAUCCCAGAUCCCACUCGACUGCACCACCACCAGCUCCAGAAGACGAUGUCCUCCUUAUCAAGAAUCGCGGCAUCACAUAUCCCGCUCACUUUCCCGCAUAUGCGAUUGGAGAUGGAAAGUUGCGUGUGAUAGAUGUCAAGGACCGGGUUGGUCUGAUGAUGGAACUUCCUGAGCGAGGAACAUCACGCAUCAAGCUUCUCUACAAGGGAAAGCAACUCAAAGACCCUAUGGCGCCAGUACGAGAUUAUGGUGUCAAGAACAACAGCGAGUUGAUGGCGGUCAUGCCCGAGAUCAAUGAUGUCAGCAGUGGUUCAGAGGAGGAGAUGGUGAUUGUUGAUGCUCCUAGAGAAGACAGGAAGACUCGCCGCCGCAGCCCUCGAGACAGCGCUUCUACUUUCGACCACCCCAGAUCACCUCCAGCACCACCCACAUCUUCGGGCGCAGCCAGUGGACCUAUGAAAGUUCUCGACGAUCUUGCUGUUGAGUACCAGAUCAAGUGGUUGCCUCUGUGCUCCGAUUACAUUGAGUCGCCACCAUCAGACCCCAAGAAGCGAGAGGAAGAGCACCGAAAACUAUCUGAGAGCAUCAUGAUGCACAUCAUGUUGAAAUUGGACGGCGUUGAGGCUGAAGGCAUGCCCGAAGUCAGAGCUCGAAGGAAAGAAUUGGUGAGACAGGUCCAAAAGACACUGAAGGAUCUGGAUAUUGCAAAGGAAUCUUAAGCCCGCGGUUAAGCGAUGGCGUUGAAUGUUCAUCUGAAAAGAUUGUC